CUUGAAUUAUUUAAGUACUUAAAAAAUGUCACAAAACGGUCAAUAUAGUUCAGAAUAUGUAACGGAUUGUCCCUCGUUUUUGGAAACUGAUGAAUCUGAUAGCUCAGAAACAUCAAACAGCCUUGCUUCAGAGACUCCCGGGGCUGAGGUGUCUGGGAAAGAAGCAUGGAGGACCACCAAAACGAAGGCUGCCAACAAGCCGACUGCCCUGAAGGCUGAUACAAAGGUGACUGCCCCAAACAAAAAGGUGACUGCCCCAAAGGCUGCCAAAGAGGUGACUGCCCCAAACAAAAAGGCGACUGCCCCGAAGGCUGCCAAAGAGGCGACUGCCCCAAACAAAAAGGUGACUGCCCCAAAGGCUGCCAAAGAGGCGACUGCCCCAAACAAAAAGGUGACUGCCCCAAAGGCUGCCAAAGAGGUGGCUGCCCCAAACAAAAAGGCGACUGCCCCGAAGGCUACCAAAGAGGUGGCUGCCCCAAACAAAAAGGCGACUGCCCCGAAGGCUACCAAAGAGGCGACUGCCCCGAAGGCUACCAAAGAGGCGACUGCCCCAAACAAAAAGGUGACUGCCCCAAAGGCUACCAAAGAGGCGACUGCCCCAAACAAAAAGGCGACUGCCCCGAAGGCUACCAAAGAGGCGACUGCCCCAAACAAAAAGGUGACUGCCCCAAAGGCUGCCAAAGAGGCGACUGCCCCAAACAAAAAGGUGACUGCCCCGAACAAAAAGGUGACUGCCGCGAAGGCUGCCAAAAAGGUGACUGCCCCGAAGGCUGCCAAAGAGGCGACUGCCGCGAAGGCUACCAAAGAGGCGACUGCCCCAAAGGCUGCCAAAUGGCGUAGUAUUUGUGAGGAAGAAAGAACGAAGUACGACUACUUGACUCAGGACAUCAUGGAUUGUAUCACUAGAUGGCUCGGUGACUGGUCUUCGAAACGCCCGCGUUGCACGCAGUGUUCUAUAUCCUCUGGAAGCUCUAUUUCUGAUGAAUAG